AAACAUGGCAGGCACGAUUCAGCUGAUACGCACCGUGUCUCUAUCAAAGACCUUCUUGCUUGCAUGUUUCGUGGCGGUUGCCGCAUUUGGCUCGCUUGAGCUUCUGCUUCUGAUAUUUGACUUCUUCAAGCGCCGCCGGGGGCUGUACUUCUGGAGCCUGCUCUUAUCGACUCUGGCCACCCUCAUCUUCACCAUUGUCAUCACACUUCUGUGGUUCGCAGUACCGCAAGCGCGCUUUGGUCUGGUCUUCGUUAUCGUGAUUUGCUAUCCCACCCUCAAUGUCGGCAAUACCCUGGUCAUCUACUCGCGGCUUCACCUCGUCACCAGUGGCCGCAAGAUUCGAUGGCUAUUUUGGAUGAUCGUCAUCAGCUCGGUGGUGUUUCUACUCCCACAGGCCAUCAUCGUCACGAUUUCCGCCUCUCCUGACGGCGAACAUGUCAGAGAUCUGUACAGAGUCUUCGAGAAGCUCUCCGUGACGGCCACCUGCGUACGCGAGAUAAUCGUGGGAGGCGUCUUCGUCUGGGCGACUGCCCGCAACCUCAAACCUCUGAUCGUGAUCAAGGGCCGGGAAGGACGCAAAAUGGUCAUCUAUUUGAUUAUCGCGACCACCAUGAUGGUUGUUACCGACAUCAUCAUCGUAGUCGUCGUCAUCUGCGGCCAGCUCUACAUCAUCUCUGCCCUGACAGCUUUCUUCUCGGUCCUCAAACUGAAACUAGAGUUCUUCAGUCUGGGGAAACUAAUUCGCCUGAUUCAAAGCGCUCCAGGCGUCUGCCACCACCAGGCCACCGAGGACAGCUCCCUUCGCUUCAACGAUAAUUCCCCCGAGGUCGACAACCUGCAAUUUAACCAAGGGUCUGCGCGCAGCACCGGCGCGCAGUCCGGCCAACAGCCAAGCUCGCAGGAGACAACCCAGACCCACCAAGAAGUGACAGUCAGCCCGGACAAGGCCCCAGAGGCACCCUCGUCACCCAGGACGGGCGAUUCGAUGGCAACCACAUCCCGCACGCUGUCGACCGACCCUCUCGUUCACGGGCGACAAGACCUCGAGGCCCUCGAGCCCACACUCAGCGCUCAGCAUCAUCUCUCACCACGAACAUGGAGCAACGCAGUAUAAGAAGCCGUCGGUGCUCGUUACUGUUGGUGCCUUAACCAUUUCCUCACCCUACCCGAAUUUGUAACUAGUUUGCAGACCAACCUGCUUGUUUUAUUCCAGUGAUGAAGAUAUACCCUGGUGGGUGGUGGGGCUUCUUGUCAUGUAUCACAUAGCCAAGGACGAGAUG